AUGGAUUUGAACAGAGGUAGCUGGUUCGCAAAGCACGGGGGAGCACGGCUCCGCUUUGGUGCUGUGCCUGGAGGCGCAAAUGUGAGCAGCAGCCAGGGUCCAAACUCUGCUGAACGGAAAGGAAAGGUGCCGCCUGCUCCAGCCAAGCACUUCCCCACGAAUGACGUUAGUGAUGCCUUAGAUGACUUGCUGCUGCACGCGCGUGCGACGCUGAAGCAGCUUGAUGCCAUGAGGGCUCGACAGGCAGCAUCCUCCAAUCGUGAGGGUGCCACAGGUAAGAGCAAUCGGACAGGCCCUGCAAUGAGAGGACUAGGUGGUGUGCGACCCCAGUUCUGGCGUCCGAGUUGCCAAGCUCACCUUUGGACAGGUGUGACCCAUGACUUUGAUGGGUUGUUCGACAGCGACGACGAGGAUCUGGAGUCGACUGACAGUGAAGGCAGCGUCGAUUGGGACCUGCUCCACGGCGCGCGGAGCCGCCCCGGGCGCUUCCGCAGCCCGGCCGCGGAGGCCGCACGGGCGGCCAGUGCUGCAAAAGCGGCACCGCUUCCCAAGCGCGGCUUCUCGAUGCCUCCCCCUCGACCGAAGGCAGAACAGAAACCACGAGGCCGGGCUGGUGGUAGCGUACACCUGCCGGAGCUGUCCCUGGUGCAUCUGGUGCCGGAGCCAAGCCAGCACCCAACCCUCAAGGCACGAUGA